AUGGCAGAAAAAAUCUUGGAAAAGUUAGAUGUCCUGGAUAAACAAGAAAAGACACUUUUGGACCAAAGAGCAAAGAAAAACCAGCUUCAGAGUGAAGGAAGAAAAAAGGUUUUGGUCAUACCCCUGACAUUUGAUUUUCGGCUGGAAUGUGAAGAGGCUCUUGCUACACCCACAGCUAAGGCACUAUCAAAGAUCAGAAAAAACAAGCUGAGUGACAUCAAAAAACCAAAAGCGCAUGUCUCUUUCAAAUGUGAGCGUAAACCUGGAAAGAAUGAUUUUGAAAAUUCAGACUUUAGACCACACCUUGGUCCAACAAAUACAAAAAAUGAAGAAAGUAAGCCAACAGCUCAAAUUGAAAACAAAACUGGGAAAUCAUUGGAUUCUCUUGUCCACUUAGAAGAUGGUGUCAAUAAAAGAAAGGCCCCUCCACAGACGAAUGAUAUUAACACAAAAGAAAAUAAGUCAACCAGAAAUUGCCAAUUAAGUGAUUAUUAUUCAGUAAGAAAGAAAAACUUGGUCCCCUUAUGCUUUGAGGAUGAACUGAAAAAUCCAAAUGCCAAGAUCAUUAGUCCAGCGAAAAGAAAACCUUUUCAUAUGGAAGAAAGUGAAACAAAUCCCAUCAUUUUCCAUGACACAAGAAACGUACAAAUGUUGCUUUUGACCAAAAAUAGACAUUCUACUUAUCCUUUGAACAAUGAAAACACUUAUUUACGUAAAAGAACAAACUUUGUUUUAGAAAGAAAUUGUGAUGUUCUCAAAUCUUUAGUUAGCGGUCAAUCUAUCACUCUUUGCAAACCCCAGAAAACUACAUCUAUAGCAUGGAGGAACGAUACACGACCCAUGCCCUUUGAAAUGGGCCACAGGAUCACAAAGGAGAAAAGUAACAAUCAGAAGUUAGAAAAUGGAUCUUGCAAUAGGCCCCCACAGGCUUCUUCCAGCCUCACCAAAAAAAUUGUGCAUUACCUGGAUAAAAAUGUUGUUCAAGAAAUGAAUACUAAAGUUGGCAAAUGUGAAAAAAUGUUUUACACAGUAAAACCAAUGGACACACACAAAUUUGGUGCCUCGCCUUUCACAUGUUUCUCAAAGCCUGUCAAAAAUAUACUCAAAAUACACAAAUCAAAGAAUAUAACACCACUGGAUGAUUUGUUAAAUUUGCCAGAUGAAAAUUAG